AAUCGGAGAGGGAAAUGAGCAAGACAAUUAAGCUCCAUGGGUUUGCUUCUGCUGUUAGUGUAGAAGAAGUGACGGGAUUUCUGGAGGAAUAUACAGGAAAAGGAAGUGUUGCGGCUGUAAGAGUUGGGAUAUCCAGCAGAGAAGGCGCAAGAGCCCAUGCCAGAGUUCAAUUCAAAACAAAUGAAGAUGCUGAAAGGAUCUUAUUCUGGACCGCUAAUCAAGAUCUUUGGCAUAACGACUCAUAUUUAAGAGCCUGGGCAUUACCACGUGACAUUAUCCCACAACCAAAGUUGUUCAGUCUUCAAAGCAUAGAUGAUUUGAUGUUGCACUUUGGUUGUCAGGUUUCGGAACGGAAGUUUUCUGUUCUUUGGAAACAGGCUCAUGUCUCCUUCAAGUUUGGUUCGCAAUUGGACAAAUUAUACUUUUUUCUGUCGUAUAACUCUAUGGACUACAAGCUCGAACUGGUCAAUGACAAUGUUUGUCAGAUUGUGUUACAUUAUCCCCCUGAUCAAACUAAGAAAUGCCUGCUCAUUCAGUUACUUGGGGCCCCUCGGAUCUAUCACUACGAGAAAGAUGAAUCUGCUGUCAGCUCUUCUAAUGAAGUUAUAACUGAUGAUGACCAGUGGAUUAGAGAAAUUGAUUUUACCCCGGGCCAUUGCAUUGGUCAAUCUUUUGCUUUGUAUUUGGAGCUUCCUCGAGCAGUGCAUCUCCCAAGAUUUGAUGAGAUGUUCUACUAUAAGAAAGUUCAAUGCAAUUUCAAGCUGGAGAAUGGUUCUACUUAUUCUUCUAACCCGGAUUUGGUUCCUAUGGUAAGUCCACCCCCAGGUUUUGACUUGCCUUAUGGUGUCUUGUUUAAAGUAAAUUCCUUGGUCCAGCACGGUUGUCUGCCUGCGCCAAUUCUUGAUGCCACUUUCUUUGAGUUGGUUGAUCCGCGUAAAAUAGGUAUUUCCUUCAUAGAACAUGCAUUAGAGAGAAUGUAUAGCUUCAAAGAAUGUUGCUACGAACCUGUGAAGUGGCUAGAUGAGCAGUACAAGAAAUACCGGGCGUCGGAAAACACUAUAAGACCUCCCAUUCUUCCCUUUGGUGAUGGAUUGGUGGCUGUGAGAAGGAUUCAAGUUACCCCAUCUAAGGUUUAUUUCUGUGGUCCGGAGUUGAAUCUCUCUAAUCGUGUGCUGCGGAAUUACAUUCGAGAUAUCGAUAAUUUUAUUCGUGUUUCUUUUGUUGAUGAGGAACUGGGAAAGAUACAUUCCACAGAUUUGUCUUCAAGCACAUCUGUUAGUGAUGGAAAGCAUACUACACUUUAUCAAAGGAUAUUAUCAACUCUUAGAAAUGGCAUAGUUAUUGGUGACAAGAAAUUCGAAUUUCUUGCUUGUUCAACAAGUCAGUUACGAGAAAACUCCAUUUGGAUGUUUGCUUCGAAACCUGGGCUUACUGCAGUUGAUAUCAGAGAGAAAAUGGGUGAUUUUCAUGUCAUAAGGAAUGUGGCCAAAUAUGCUGCCCGAUUAGGGCAGUCUUUCAGCUCAUCUAGGGAAACUUUGCAAGUGAGCAUGAAUGAAAUUAAGGUCAUAGAUGACAUUGAAAUUGAAAGUGGUGAGAACAAGUAUAAUUUCUCUGAUGGCAUUGGAAAAAUCUCUGCUAAACAUGCCGAGGCAGUGGCUAGGAAAUGCGGCUUGAGAACUACUCCAUCUGCGUUCCAAAUUCGGUAUGGUGGUUACAAAGGAGUUGUUGCUGUCGAUCCAUCAUCUUCGGUGAAGUUAUCAUUAAGAAAGAGUAUGCAGAAGUUUGAUGCCGAUAGUACAAGUCUAGAUGUUUUGUCAUGGAGCAAGUAUCACCCUUGUUAUCUUAAUCGCCAAAUAAUCCUCCUUCUUUCUACUCUUGGGGUUAAAGAUCAUGUUUUCGAAGAGAAGCAGAAAGAGGUUUUAGCUCAAUUGGAUGCAAUUUUGAUAGAUCCAGAAAGGGCAAGGGAAGCAAUGGAGUGGUUAUCUGCUGGAGAAUUUACCAAUGUUUUAAGAGAAAUGCUUUUGUGUGGUUAUAGCCCUAAUUCAGAACCUUUUCUGUCAAUGAUGCUACAAACAAUUCGUUGGUCAAAAUUGACAGAUUUGAGGACCAGAACAAGAAUUUUCAUUCAGAAGGGAAGAUCUAUGAUGGGAUGUCUAGAUGAAACUGGGACAUUAGAAUAUGGUCAAGUGUUUGUACAGUACUCUGUCUAUAAGCCGAAGCAAUAUUCUAAUGAUCAGAAUUACCAUGUUGUUGAGGGGAAGGUAGCUGUUGCCAAAAACCCUUGUUUACACCCUGGAGACCUACGGGUUCUGAAGGCUGUGGAUGCUGUGGUUUUGCAUCACAUGGUGGACUGCAUUGUUUUCCCGCAAAGAGGACAAAGACCUCAUCCAAAUGAAUGUUCUGGUAGUGAUCUGGAUGGAGAUAUGUACUUUGUCAGUUGGGAUGAAGAUCUCAUUCCUCCCUGCCAAGUUCCUCCCAUGGAUUAUGGUGCUGCACCAAGUUCCCCUUUGGAUCAUGAUGUCACUAUAGAGGAGGUAGCAGAGUAUUUUACCAACUACAUACUCAAUGACAGCUUGGGAAUCAUUUCUAAUGCCCACACUGUUUUUGCUGAUAAGGAGCCUCUUAAAGCAAUGAGUGUUCCUUGCCUUCAGCUUGCCCGUCUAUCAUCCAUUGCUGUUGACUUCCCAAAAACUGGUAUUCCAGCCAAAAUUCCCCAUCGUCUGCGUGUUCGUGAAUAUCCAGAUUUCAUGGAAAAGCCUGAAAGAGUCACCUAUGAAUCACAAAGUGUGAUUGGAAAGCUUUAUCGGGAGGUUAAAAUGAUCCCAACAGGGGUGAGUGCUGGUGUUAGACAUUUCACCAAGGAAGUAGCUGAGCAAACCUAUGACUCUGACUUGGAAGUUGAGGGCUUUCUGGAUUAUGUCAAUGAUGCUUUAGAUCACAAAAGUGUGUAUGACAAUAAACUUGCUAACCUGAUGCGUUACUAUGGGGUCAAAACUGAGGCUGAAAUGAUAAGUGGAUGCGUCACGAAAAUGUCGAAAUCUUUCGACCGAAGAAGGGACUUUGAAACGGUAGUUUGGGCAGUGAAGUCAUUGAGGAAAGAAGCCAAGGGCUGGUUCAAUGCGAAAAAAAGUGAUGAGUUGAGUUCUAAAUUUCAGAAUGUAUUUGCAAAAGCUUCAGCUUGGUACCAUGUGACAUACCAUCCCAACUUCUGGGGUCGCUACAACGAAGGAAUUGUUCAAGAGCAUUUCAUUAGCUUUCCAUGGUGUGUUUAUGACAAGCUUCUCCAAAUCAAGAACGAGAAAAGAAGUGAAAGAUCUUCACAUUUCUCACCACUGGAACGUAAAUCCAAUCAUAAUGAGUUGAAUUUUGAUCAGAAAUCUAGUUCAUCGAGCCUUUGUUCUUUUAUGUGAAUCAACUCUUAAUUUG